CCCCCUGAAACAAUAAAAUAAAGCGGUCAGCGUCGUAGAAUAAUCAGUUGUAGACUUGUAGUACGUAUAAUUAAUUCCUACAGAUGAGGAGGCACAUAAAUAAAUAGCUGCUCUCAGAUCGUAUAGAUUGAUCAUCACUUUCAGAAUCGCACCUACUUCCCCCAGGCCCCAUCACCAUUCAGAACUCCUAAAAGCUCUUGAAAUGGCAGCAGAAUCAAGUGCACAAUCAUCCAGCACCCUUCCUCUACAAGACAGAGUAGCAAUCGUCACUGGCGCCUCCCGUGGUAUCGGUAAAGAGAUCGCCCUCCACCUGGCUUCCCUCGGCGCCAAAGUUGUAAUCAACUACACAUCAAACGCAACACUAGCACAAGAAGUGGUAAACCAGAUCAACUGUCAUGGGCCUGAUACCAGGGCCGUUGCAGUCCAAGCAGAUGUGUCGGAUCCAGCCCAAGUUGAGGCCCUUUUCAAUGCUGCAGAAGAAGCCUUCCAUGCCCAACCCCAUGUUGUUGUCACUAAUGCAGGCAUCAUUGACCCCAAAUACCCCUCCAUUGCCGAAACCACUGUAGAGAACUUUGACAACAUAAUUGGUGUGAAUCUCAAGGGGACAUUUUUGUGCUGUAAGGAGGCAGCUAAGAGGAUAAAGCGUGAUGGUGGAGGGCGGAUAAUCACGUUCUCAUCUUCACUGGCAGCAGUAUUCCGGCCAGGGUUUGGAGCGUACACGGCAUCCAAAGCAGCAGUUGAGGCAAUGACCAAGAUUUUGGCAAAGGAGCUCAAAGGGACCCGCAUUACUGCUAACUGCGUAGCACCAGGUCCCGUUGCAACUGAAUUGUUCUUUUCUGGUGCCACAGAGGAGCAUAUCCAGGGAUCAAUCAGUGCUUCACCAAUGCAACGUCUUGGUGAGCCAAAGGAUAUUGCACCUCUAGUAGGGUUCUUGGCUGGUGACAGUAGUGAGUGGGUUAAUGGACAGAUCAUUCGAGCUAAUGGUGGAUUCGUAUAAUAAGAGGAGCUUCAGAGUGUUCUUUUUCAGUCAGUCUGUGUUAUUUAGAAUAAACAAUGAGAUUUCCCAGCUUAAGGAUCCUUACAAAUAAAUUCAUUCUGUUAACAACAGUGUUCA